UGACGCUCGUUUACCUUAGUGACUGGAGGCUGCGACUUGGAGAGUAAAGCGUGUUCCAUCUAUCCGUCCACAGCCCGCCAUGGAAGAAUUACUGGACAAGACAUUAGGAGUGAGGAUUGCUCCCGGUCUUCUCCAUUUCAUGGAUGUAUUCGUUGGAAGGACUUACCAAGCCAAUAUCUCUGUGCAGAACAUUAGUCAUGUGGCUAAAGCAAUCAAAAUACAUGGAGCAAGCGACCCCCAGUUUACACUAUAUGUACAAAAUCCAGAGAAGCCUAUAGCACCCGGGCUCCAAGUGACAGCAUCUGUGGAAUAUCGUCCCUCCAAAAAGGAAGACAUUCAUGACAAGCUACUGGUUGUGGUUGAUAAUGACGUCAUUGAGGUGCCAUUAUUAGGUUUGACCCCUUCCUGCUGUCUAGAAAUUGACCCAGAAGUAAAUUUUGGCGACCUGGUUGCAAAUAGUAAAGUGAUCUACAAGGAGAUUGCAGUUACAAACCAUGGUUCUUCUCCAGGUACUUUUAAAAUAAAAUACAGUGGGCACCUUCCGAUCACUAUAUCUCCCACCAGUGGUAUAGUUGAGCCGAAAAAAAUGCAAAUAAUUAAAGUGGACCUCUGUACAGACAUCCCUGCUGUCUUUGAAGAAACUGCUAAAGUGAAAUUACAAGGUCAUGAGGAGCUGCUCUUGAAGAUAAAAGGAAAUAUAGUCAACCAGAAUUUAGAACUUCUAGAUCUCUCUGGAAAACCUCUAAAAUGCCUUCACUUUGGAUCUGUCUACUUUGGAACAUCAAAAAUUCACAAAGCAGUGAUUUAUAAUGAUAGCCCUGAGACAAUAAGUUGGGUGUCGGUCUUGGAUGAUAACGCCGUGGGUGCUGAACUGGGCACCAAUAUUCUAGAAAGCACAGAUGCUGCUCUGCAAGACAUGGACUACAGGAACAGGAUGAGUGAUAGAGAGGUCUCUAGUAUUCUUACCUGCUGCCCCAAUGAAGGAGUUCUUUUACCUUUCCAGAAAACCACCUUUACAGUCUGUUUUAGUCCCAAGCCAUUUGAUGAAGCCAUCAGAAGAAACGAUGUUCCAUCUCAGCAGGAUUAUGCUCUGUUUAUGAGGUUUGAGCCCAUUGGAAGUAAGGAUGGAUUCCUGCAAUCAGAUGCAGACAGUAGAGGGCAUCGUAAAGGACAACAGAUAUGUCACGUGGAGUUGGCUGUUACUGGUUCUGCUUUUCCGGUCGCAUUAACAUUCAGCCCAGGCACAGUGUACAAUUUUAAGGAAUGCUUGAUUGGUGAAAGGAUCGAUAUUCAUUGCUCACUAAAAAAUGAAUCUCAGUUCCUCCCUGUGGUGUUUAGCUUUCACAAGAUUUCCCAUUUUCAUAUCUCUCCGGCUAAUGGAAAGAUAGAAGCAGGACGUUCUCAGGAAGUGAUGUUUUCAUUUGUACCACAUCAAGGAGGAACCUUUACCGUGAAACAAGUUGUAGAUAUUCUGGGUCCCACAUCGGAUGAUAAUUUGCCACCUUUGAAAAUGAAAGCCUUUCAUCAGAAAAAGCUCAGUUUUACAGCAGUCUGCAAACCUUUAACCAAGAAAAUUGUCAUGAAAAUAAACCCAGGUAUCACACCUAUGAUUAGUAACCCCACCGGACAUUUUGUCCCAGUGGCACCCCAGGAAACUGCAGUAUGCACUGGAUCCACUCGUGCAGCUACUUUGAAGGCAGACAAAGUACAAAUCCAUGACCAUCAGAACACAAUCUGUGUAGAUAAAAAUGUGAUGGUGGCAUUUCCAAAUGAUCGUGCCACAAGUAUACGGCCCAGUGAUCGCAAUACUCAUUACAGGACUAUUUUCACCAAAGUUGAAAGAUAUAAUUACGUGGAUCCCGAUUAUGCAUAUACAGAAGAUGAAGAAAAGUUAAAAGAAGCUCACAAGGAUUAUUAUACUAAUUAUAUCAAGAACAGGAGAGAAAAUCGUCUACAAGAAGAGAACGAUAGGGAAUUUCAAGAAGUUAGUAAUGAUUUUGAUAUUGGCAUCACCCCAGCAGCUCGGUUUCAGCCACCAAGUACUUCAGUUUUUGAGCACUUUAAUGAGCAACGGCAAACUAAAUCAAGUCCCAUGAAUAAGGGUCGUAUGCUGACCACUCGCCAACUUGCUGCUGAAGAGUCUACAUCCAUAACACGAGAAAUUAAUGAAGGUCUCAAUGCAUUGCCCCGCACUGCAACAGAGAAGGAAGACUGCAGUCUUAUCCUGACACCUCAGCAACUUCACCACAUAGUUAUCGGUCCUUCCACAAUAGAUUUUGGAGAAGUCUGUGUUAACUCCACAUCGGUUAAAGAAAUGAAUAUAAUUAAUAGUCUCCCCACGUACAUCUGGGUUCAGGUAGAGAUUGAUUGCGUCGAGCUGCAGCAAACCAGCCCACUUUCUCAUGUUGUGCUGCCAAUGUCAAAGACGGAGAUCCCAGUAGUCUUUGAGACAAAUACAUUGGGGAAAUUUAAAAAGUCAAUUUCCUACACCGUGAAUAACAAGCACAUUGGAUGUAUCUUAGUAACUGCAAGAGCAGUUCCCAUUGCCCUUGAGCUGUCUUCUCACGAGCUGGUUCUGAAACCCAACAACGACUUCUUAGCCGAAACAGGAUUUAGAUCGUCCAUAAGAUUGUAUAAUCGCAGAAAUCAUGCUGCUGAAUUUAGCUGGAAGCCAAUCAUAACCGAGAAGGGAAUUGCUUUUUCAAUACGUCCUGCAAGAGGCAUUGUUGAUGCUUAUGAAGACCUUGAAUGUGAAGUUGUAUGGCAUCCAGGAUUCAGCUCGCCAGACGUUGGGGAAUUCAAUUUGUGUGUACAGCGAAGUGCACACAAGCUCAAAUGCAUUGCAGAGCUUGGAUCCACAAAUGUCCAGUUUACUGAACAAAGGAUUCUUUUCCAUCGUGCUCCGCUUGGACUAUCAACCAUUAAGACAGCGAUUAUUCAGAACACUGGAGCAAACCAUGCAUACUUUCAGGUUGUAGAUAUUAGUCCAUUGCCUGGCAUGACAAUUACUCCUUCACAAGGAGUAGUCCCCGUUGGAGGCCACGCUGCUCUCACAAUCUUCUUCACACCAAGGGCAGUCAUUAAGUUUGACACUAGAAUUGAGGUAUCAGUUCGUAACGCAAAGACUCUGGCACUGAGAAUUGGAGGAUCGGUUGUGCCACCAGAAGUAGACAUUUCUGUUAGUUCAUUCCUUUUUCCUGGUGUGUAUGUGAAUUCUACCCAAGCUAUACCAUUUAUGCUUCAGAAUAAAGGGGUGGCGCGUGCAAGAGUAGAAUUUGAUCUUUCAAGAUAUGAAGAUUUUUAUUUGACAUUCAAAGAAGAUGCAGCGGUUGAAGUUGACCCACUAUAUCCUCAGUUAUAUACUUUGGACUUAGAAGAGAAGGAGGCUCUUGAAUGUUCUCUACAUUUCAGUCCGAAGGAAGUGGCAGCCUAUGACUUUCAGCUUCCAGUAAAUAUCAACUUCACCGGUGGAUUAUCUGACGCUGACAGCUCUGCUCCUGUCACCCCCACCCAUUCCGAAAAGCAUAUUGUUAUUCCAAGGCCUCAACUGGUGAAUGUCAUCACUCCAGCCUGUAAAGUAAAUGCUACUGUUUUACAGCAGAUCUUCCGACUCUCCACUAAUCACAUUGCAUUUGAAUUACCGUCUGGGGCGUUUGAUCUUGGCCUUGCAGAUGACACUUUAUCCUCUCAGGUACUUCAGCUAAGCAACAUUUCAAAGAAACAAGUGUCAUGGAGGUUCAAUCUUGAUCAAACUUUGGAAACUCUGAAGAAUGGAAUCUUCAAGUUCAGUAAGCGGUCGGGUGCACUUCACCCAGGAGAAACAAGUCGGAUUAAUGUUCACUUUUGCCCUGGUAAGUAUAAAGGAGAAUUGAUGUUUCAGGCUAGGGAUACACCAAGACAUUUUGUUCAGAUUCAAAAGCUUCAGCAUUUAAAUGAGAAGACUGCUGAUCAUAUGGAAAUCAAUUUGCUUCAUUUAAAUAACAGCGUAUUUCAGUCUGUGAGUAAACGUGUAUGGACGGACAUACUGUUACAGAUAUACAAGGUGUUCAUCCUUUCACGCGUUACACAGAGAAAGAAUGAUGAUGACAAUGUGAUAGAUUGCAUGCCAAAAAUCAGUUCAGAACCAUUAUCAAGCAACAUAUAUUCAACUUCAGAGAUAAUUCUUCUUACUUGGCUCAAUGUUCAUUAUGAAAAGAUGAGAAAAGUGGCAUGGAGAAAUUGUAAAAAAGGUGACAUACCAGCCACGAGAUGGAUUAUGAACUUUGAUAAAGACCUUUUAGAUGGCCUUGUUCUCGCUGCUCAGGUGGCAGCAUAUUGUCCAUAUCUUAUUUUAACUCACUUCAUAAGUAUGUACACCAACCCAGAGACGCCAGAGCAGUGUCUACACAAUUGCCUGAUUCUAGUCAGUGCAUUCCGGGUUGUCGGUCUUAACAUUGACAUACAGGCCACAGACAUAUGUGAUCCAAACCCAGUGACAAUGCUGAUGUUGUGUGUAUACCUACAUGAAAACCUUCCCCUUUAUGUUCCUAAGAAGACAAUUACGUUUGAUGGGGCUCUUCACCAAACAAUUUCACGCCAGGUCCGCCUAAAAAAUCCAAGCAGCAAGCCGCUAACGUACCAGGCUACAAUUGUAGGUCGAGAGUUAGCUGAUUUCUUAUUGCCUAAAGAAAACACAAUAAAGAUUGCCCCAAAAAGCCAAGUGGAUGUGACUGUAGAGUAUAAGAGUCGCUUCUUACACCCAGCUGAAGCAACCAUGUUACUGGCAGCUAAGCCUAUCAGUGGAGCAGGCGGUACUACGUUGUCUUUCUCUCUUCAAUCAAGAUUGACUGAUUUAGCUCCAACUGUUCAGCUGAAGCAAGAAUCUCCAUGCUAUGAGUUGGAAAAGAUCUGUUUAUCCGUUGAAAGUCCUUACAAACGUCAUGGGAAAUUCAGGGUGAUUUUGUUGGAGUCUUCAAACCACUUACAGUUUCCCACUUAUCAAGAUGAAAUUACAAAACUGAAAGAUGAAAAAAGUUUCAGUAUGAACUCUACAGAUCAUGAUCUUUCUACAAUGAUUUGUGACUCAAAUAAUCAAGAUUGCAAGUCAAAUCUGCUGCGUCAGUACUUCUGCCCAGUAAACUCAAUUUUCUUGAAAAAAGGCAUGUCCACUAACUUACAAGUUAAUUUUCUUCCAUUUGAACUUGGCAAACGCUACUGUGCUAUCAUUUUCACCAAUGAAGAGAUUGGUGACUUUGUGUAUAUGAUUGAAGGAAUGGGUACUCCACCUCUGCCUUCUACGGUCACUCCUGUGAUUAGCCCAAAUGUUUUCCAAAUGAAGAAUGGAAAUACAGAUGCACAGAAUAUAUGCUAUUUUAAAUGCAAGGAAAAUAGUAGACUGGAGGAAGAUCUGAAAAUUCCAUUGGUAAAUGAAAGAAGAGAGAAGGCAUUGGCACUUGCGGCUCAGAUGCAGAUGACAUUGUUAGAGUAUGAACGUAGAAAAGUUACCGGAACGUUGGAGAGCAGCAGUGUGCGAGCUGCAGUAGCUUCAUCAGGAGGAAAUGGUGAAGAGAUCAAAGCCUCACUACGAUCUUCAUCAUUCUCAUCCACUUCCAAAAAGUGCCAGACAAUUGACUAUGAUGUGGAAAUAAGCAUGGCACAGUAUUUUGAGGUCCCAAGGAAAAUCAGCAUUCCAGUCUCUACAAGAAAUCGAGUUACUGCAAAGUCCGUAUCUGUGGAAGGAGAACAGGACCAAGAUAAAGAAAAAGGAGUUUUAUUACCAGUGAAAUUUUUCCCUGAGAAACCUGGCCGCUAUACCUGCAAAAUUUUGCUACGUUCCUAUCAUGAUGUACGAGUCUAUAUGAUUGAGUGCGUUGUCAAUCCGUGCAGCACAGAAACAGAAUUGGAAUUUAUUACCCCGGCCUGUGAAGCACUGAUUCAAGAUAUUCCAAUAUGCAAUAUGACUCAACAAGACUGGAAGCUAAAAGCUAUUCUUCAAGUAGAUCGCUUCUAUGGUCCUCCAUUCUUGUAUAUCCCAGCUGGUGAAACAGCACAGUACCCACUAUUAUUUAAACCUACUGUUGAAUGCUGUAGCAUGGGUACACUAAUUCUUCAAAAUGAAACAGAUGGUACUGAACAUAUAUUUGGCCUCAGAGGUAUUGGCCAAGAACCCCUGGCUCUUGAUCAUAUCGUGAUAGAUUGCCAAGUAAGACAAAUUACACAGAAGGUCCUUAUGGUACCCAAUUAUACCAACGACAGAUUGACUUUCAAGGUGGCGUCAGACAUUCCAAUCAUUGGCGGAUCUCAAACAUUAACCGUUAAACCUGGUACAUCAUCUCCCUAUACUCUGAGUAUAUCUCCAUGGAAACGUGGAUUGUUCCAAGGUGUAAUCUCCUUUGUUGCGGGAGAUGGAGAACUGCAAUAUCAAUGUGGCAACCCACCAGUUUCUGCAGAUGGUACUGAAGCUGUUCAAAUAGAUGAUAUUCAGAUUGCUAAUGCAGGGAUAGCAGGUAGAGAAUCAGCACCUUACAAAGUUUGGUUUUCAGUGGAAAUUAACAGUAUGCCUGCUCCACCAGAGAGAACGAUUGAUGUCACUUGUUCUGUUUUAAAAUCUGUUGGGGUAAAUAUACCAAUUACCAAUCCCACAAUGGAUGUCCUAAAUUUCCAUGUGCUUGUGAAUGGUGAUGGAAUCACUGGAGAUGAUGUUUUCACUCUGCAGCCAAGAGAAACUUUCUCCUAUGUAGCAAAGUUUUCCCCAACUAAGACUGGGAUUUCUAAUGGAAGUGUGAUUUUUCAAUGUGAAGCAUUUGGAGAAUUCUGGUACAAUUUAGUGCUGACAGCAGAGAAGCCAGAUUCUGUUACGAUUCCUGAAGUAUUCUGUGAACUGGGGAAAUGGAUGCGUCUCUCUCUUCCACUGGUGAAUCCAACACAGGAAACCUAUGAGUUGUAUGCUGUCAACUGUAACCCUGAGCACUUCUUGGUGGAAUUGGAUGGCAGUAAACCACUUUCAAUUCCACCAAAUUCCACCACUGAAGUCCCUGUUCAGUUCUGUCCGUCCUCCCUUGGGAAAGGAAGUCAAACAACAUCUAUAGCUUUUAAAAAUCCACAGCUUGAAGAAUGGGCAUUCCAUUUAUCAGGAGUAGGUCUUAUUCCUCAACCUAUGGAACCAGCAAGCCUUAGCACCACUGUUGGAAGCCUUGCCUCUAUCAACAUUUCCUUUAAGAACCCUACAAAUGAGAAUGUUCUUGUUGAUGUUAUCCUAACAGAUCAAGAACAGACCAUGCAUCGUCUUAGUGCAUCAGUUCUGCGCCAUUCCAUCAAUAAAGAGCCAGCGUUCUGUCUGCCCCUGAAGCAAACACAAGGCAUUCCCUUAUUUGCCAAGGAAAAGCUGGAUAUUCCAAUACUUUUUGCCCCAGAUACUAUGAAACUCUACGAAGCUUUGUUAGUUGUGCACAUGGUGAAAGCAGAUGGAGACAACUGGGAUCAUGGUAAUUUUGAAGAUAUAAAUACAGAACUGAAAAGCAUUUCGAAGACAGAGGAUGGAGGUAUUUCAGGUAUACGAUGGAUCUAUCCAAUUCAUGGAAUUCCAGAAGCUCAGCCAUCCAACUUUGCUCCAGCUGUGGUGAGCUGUCAAGCAAGAUGUAGGACAGAAGAGAGAGUAGAAGUAUUGCUGACUGGUGUUGCUCCUGGUCAGACUGCAAUGCCAGCAUCGAGUCAAAAUCAAAAACUAAUGGAAAGGACGAUGGCACAUGUACAAGAGGAAGUUCAAGUCAGCAAUGGUUUUAGAACUACUGAAGAAUUUUUAUAUGAAAUUAGGUAUGAAUCUGAAGAAUCAAAGUCUCAUCUGGAACCAUCUGUGGGAAUUGAACUAGUGAGAAAGGAACGUGAUACACCAUCUGGGAUUGUCACAUUAAUCUUCAACAUCAUUUUUGCACCCAAUAAGUCAAUGAGGCACUCUGCGCUACUAGUUGUACAAUGUGUAACCGGUGGAAUAUGGAAGUUCCCGAUUCACUUUGUAGCCACUGAACCAAAUGUAGAUGAUGUCAUUCAGAUUGAAGCAGUCGGACUUAACAAAGAAUCAGCUGUUGGCUUCAGAUUAACUAGUCAGACAAGGUACCCAGAGCCGUUCAGUGCAUACUUUAUUCAAGGAAGUGAUCUGGAAUUCUCAGUAUCUCCACAGUCUGGAGAACUGCUUCCCCUUGGAACUGCAGGGACAUUAAUUACGGUUGGUUUUAAGCCUUCAAUGUACAGCAAGAAGCACAGAGCAACACUAGUAGUACAGUCAUCGUCUAUGCAAUGGACUUAUGAAAUCAAUGGACUUCCUCCAAAAACCACUCCACCUACAAACGUCUCCCCGAAAAUAUGUUCCUUGGGUAUGAGAAAAUCAAUGACUUGUCAAAAACGUAACUUUUUACGCGAAAACUUGAAACUUACAACGACAGCAGUGUCUUCCCCAGUUAAGGGAGCCUCUUUAAUGUUCAGCACAAAGUAAAUUCUUUGUAAACUAAUUUCUUUUUACAUUGUAUA